UGAGACUUUUCCACGAUAUUUUAUAAUAAUUUACAGAGAUAAACAGGCCAAAACAACGAGCAAUUGACCAUUUUUUCCUUCUCUUCUAACUAAAAUAUAAAAGGCUAGAAUCCACACAUGCACAACGCAAUUUCACUAACUUCCCUGUAACAAAACUGAACCAAAGACAGUUUUUUUUGGUGAAGAACCAAAGACAAAGUUAAGUCACUAAAACUAAGUUUAGAGUUUUAAUUGAUGAAGUUAUUAGUUCAUGGUUUGAUAUAAACCGACUAUUUCUCCCUUGAAAAGAUGUGGCAGGUAAAAGAAAAAACUUUCUGAGAAUUUAUUUACAUGUAGACUUUUAUUACACGUCGACUGUGAUUCAACAGGAAGAUUCCCAAGGGUCCCUUUCGGCUUGGAAAAUUUGGGCAAAUUCAAGAGCUCCAUCGAGUUGCCCUGCUGGAGGGAGGAGAAGAGAGAGAGAGAGAGAGAGAGAGAGAGGCCACUCGAAGACCAUCAAUAUUGUAUAAAUUCGAGUCUUCUCCUCCAUGGCUGCCUUAGAUCUCUUCAUCCAUGUCCCCUAUGGAGGUCUCCAUUCUCACAUGUCCAAACCUUUUCCUCAUCAUCUUCUUCUACUCUAACUUCUUGUGGAGCAUAACCAACUUAGUUUCAAUCUCAGCCACCAUUUCUUCUGAGAACUUGACGUUCAGCCUCCUUCAUUUCGACCCGAAUGGCCACGACAUUGUUUACGAAGGAGAUGCAUACUCUUCCAACAAUGUCAUUCAGCUUACUAUAAACCAGAGAGACAUGCCUCUCAAUGGAAGCGUUGGCCGCGCCACGUACAAAGAUCCUCUCCAUCUUUGGGAGAAUGGCCAGAAUAAUCUUGCAGACUUCACCACCCAAUUCUCCUUCUCCAUUGAUUCGCAGGGAAGUCACUCCUUUGGUGACGGCUUUGCCUUCUUCCUUGCACCAAAUGGCUCGACGCUUUUGCCUGAAUCGGGAGGUGGUAACUUCGGUCUCUUGCAUUCCAACCAGAGUGAUCCAGAGAACUCGAAAGCUAACUUUGUUGCUGUUGAGUUUGAUACCUAUACAAACAAAUGGGACCCAUCGGGGAAUCACAUCGGUGUUGAUGUCGGCUCUGUUAGAUCUCCAAGCUCUACUUCAUGGUGGUGGAGUGACAUAGAAAAUGGUGGGAAAGUUCAAGCUUGUAUAAGUUACAAUUCAAGCUCCCACAACUUGACUGUUUUCCUGUUUGAUGAAGGAGAUUCUGAAGUUCCUCCAAGGAACUCUUCUAUUUUCAUUUACAAUAUUGAUUUGAGAGAGCAUUUACCAGAGUGGGUAACAAUUGGCUUCUCGGGAUCAACCGGAUCCUUAUCCGAGAUUCAUAUGAUUCGCUCGUGGAAUUUCACCUCUAGAUUACAAGUUGAAGAUGUCACCACCAUCAGUCCAGCUAGUUCUCCUAGUUCUCCAGUCAAUUCCAAGAAAGGAAUCAACAUGAAAAGGUUCGGGAUCAUCUUGGUGGCUGUGGCGUUUUCAUUUGCUAUGAUUCUCGGAUUUGCUUGGUUUUGGCUGUGGAUGAAGAGAACCAGCCAAAGACAGAGCAUGAGAAGGGACCAAGAGGAAGAUUUUGAGAAGGAAACAGGGCCAAGGAAGAUUUCAUAUAAAGACUUAUUAGCAGCAACCAACAAGUUCAGUGAUGAGAAUGUGUUGGGACAAGGUGGCUUUGGAAAGGUUUACAGAGGGUUUCUAAACAACAAGGAACUUGAUGUGGCAGUGAAGAGAAUCACCCCAAACAACCCCCAUCAAGGGUCAAGAGAGUUUGCAUCAGAAGUCAAAACAAUCAGCAAAUUAAGACACAAGAACUUGGUAGAGCUCAUUGGGUGGUGCUGCAGCAAACACCAAGAAUAUCUCAUAGUCUACAAAUUCAUGCCCAACAAGAGCUUAGAUUUCCACCUCUUUCAGCAAAACAACCUCCUAACAUGGGAUCACAGAUACAAAAUCACAGUAGGUUUGGCCUCUGCACUGCACUAUCUACAGGAGGAACAAGAUCCAUACAUUCUACACAGAGACAUAAAAUCAAGCAACAUCCUAUUAGACGCCGAAUUCAACGCCAAGCUCGGCGAUUUCGGGCUCGCCAAGCUCGUCGAUCAUGGAAAACAAUCAAUAACCACAAUUCUACGAGGAACAGAAGGCUACGUCGCACCAGAGUACCUGGAAAGCAGUGUAGCGAGUAAAGAAUCCGACAUCUACAGCUUCGGCAUCGUCUGCUUGGAAAUCGCCUGCGGAAAACAAGCCCUGGGAGAAAUCAGAGAGGACGGGAAGAAGCGUUUGAUAAAGAUAUCGGAAUGGGUUUGGGAUUAUUACCGAAGAGAGAACGUGAUCGAGGCCGCCGACCCAAAACUGCGCCAUAACUUCAAGAGAGAAGAGAUGAAGCAACUGUUGAUCGUCGGACUCGCCUGCGCUCAGUCUGAUUUCUCUCUGCGGCCAUCCAUCAAACAGGUGAUCGACAUGCUCAACUUCAAAGCGCCAUUGCCGAAUCUACGAUUGGAAUAUCCAGGAUUCUCGAGAUCUGCCGUGUUCUUGAGUGCGGAAAUGGAAUCGUUGCGGCCGCCGUCUAGUAUACAGAGCGGCGAUUUACAAGGCCAAGCCCCGUUUUCAGGCAAAAGCCUCUCUUCCAAAGCUUCCACUGCUUCUUCCACUUUCUCAAAUCUGGGCAAAGAUCAAUCUCAACUGUGAAAUCUUCCUUCUUCUUCCGGGAUUCGUUCAUUUUUUCUCUGUUGUUGAUGUUCUUCAUUAGAUUCUUGAUUUAUAAGCUAAUCAAUUAGUGUGCUACUAGAAAAUAAAUUUGUAUUUUAACAUUUUUUUUGAUUAUAGAUGUGUGAUGAAUCAUUCAACUGAGCAAUGUUAGAAUUUUUUUUAUUU